AUGGGAGCCAGUCAGUUGAGAUCCAUCAUAUUCCUAGAUAUGAUAGUUCGAAUGUUGAACUACGCAGGUGUUCAAGUUUGUGCAAAGAGUCAAGUUGGAGAUAGCGGAGAUAGGAUUUGGGAUGUUGAUGGAGCACCUGAUUUGGGGUUGGCUGAGCCGCUGCCUACAGGAGAUCUGGAGGCAUAUGGCGCAGCACAGGCCAAAUGCAUUGACGAUGUUAAUGGCUUCAGAAGCAGAGCCAAAGGUGCUCUAAAUCGUCUCAAUGACAAGGAUUCAAAGUAUUCACAUGCAUAUUCAAUAAUCUGCAGUAUGAGCCGAGCAGAGUACAAGCAAAUCUAUGAGCGGCUCGGCGUGUUGUCUCCGGAUGAAACGUGUGUCAGCACUUAUGAUAAGCACAUUCAAGAUGUGGUUAAGGAUCUGACUGCGAAGGCGUUAAUCCAGAAGUCAACUGUGACAACAGGUAAUCAAGUUAUCUGUGGUGAAGACAAAGGGAUCGAAGUAAUAAUCAUGACCAGUGACGGGGCCUACAGUAUACAUGCGACUUUACUAACAGCUCUUGUCAACCAUCUGAAGGAGAAAAAAGAUGCGUGGAUAGUUUACGUGACCGAUGCUGGUGAAGCGAGAAUUUUCAAAUGUUACUUGAUGCUGCUAAGCAAGCAACUUCUGAUCGCGAUGUUGAUGAUUCCAAGCCUAAGAUUACACAUAUGGGGCUGGGUGAUUUUGUUGCUGGAGAUUAUAAUUCUUCGACUGGAGUGA